GACAAUACGCGACAAACGCUGUCCAGGCUGGCUUUCGCUGCUGCCAGUUUGCAAUAAUAAUUAAGCGACACAGCAGCGAGAGGUAGUUGUGGGGAAUCGUUGAAGUACGAGCAAAGAGGCAUCCCGCUUCGAAUCGGGCUUACUCAGCACAUUGACACCUUUUCUUUAAAGCACUGGAGGGAUGGAAAACAAGAGCCAGACUGCGAGAGAGACUGCCUCCCCGCCUCCCGCCAAUAACCAGACAUCGGCUCCAGUUCCGAGCCAGGAUUCUUCAGGUCCGCCCUCAGAAAAUACACCUGCUCCGGACACAACUCCUGGUCUUCCGUCCACCACCACCGCCCCUGUCACCACUGCUCCCGCCCUAUCCGCGAACCCCGGUUCCGCGCCCGGCAAGCAGGAUAAUAAGAAGCCGCCGGGAUCCGGAAGAGCGCCGCGUCGGCGUCCCCAGAGGUCCACCGCGUCGGUCUCCGUGUCCGUUCAAGCAGCUCAAGCCCCUCCGGGCCCUCAGCCUCUCCCCACACCGACGUCGGCGACAACGCUUCCGCCCCCUCCCCCGCCUCAGGCGACCAUUCAACAAUAUCAGUACGGACCACCACUACCUGUUCCGUAUCCACAUCCGCCAAGGAUGAACCCUGGCUACCCCGUCAACGGCUCGCCGUAUGGGCACCCAGCAGCGACACCUUCACCCUACCACUCCACUCCGAGUCCGCAUAAUGGUGUCCCCCACGCUCCGCCGCCGUACGGUUACUAUCCCUCCCAACACUAUCCUGCGCAGCAAUAUCAUCCAUAUCCAACAGCCUAUCCACACUAUGCAGUGCCAGGGUACUCGGCGCCGCCUCCUCCGCCUCCCCAAGCCCAGCCCCAGCAAUCCCCCGACCCCGAAGGAUCCGUCUCGAAUGGCUCGCAAUCAAAGCGGAAGAGGAAAGGAACAUUGGAAUCAGGCAAGGGUAAGAGCUCCGGAGCCUCGGACGCUGAAGAAUCUACCGACAUGCACAAGAAACGGACCAAGACUCAGCGCGCCUGUGAUAGCUGUCGCAGCAGAAAAAUAAGGUGCGACGUGCUCAGCGACAGUGACCCGCCGGUCUGCCAGCACUGCAAGCAAUACGGCUUUGAAUGCACUUUCUUCCUGCCCAUCACUGAGACUCGUUUCAAAAAGAAACGACUUGAGGAAGAAGCUGCAGCAGCAGCAGCAUCAUCUGCCGCUGCUGCUGAGAAAGAGAAGACUACCGACGCUGAAAGCUCCCAACGGUCACCAUUGCCCGACUCUACCCGCCAUGCGCGUGUCGACGGACCUACAUCGAUGACCCACCUUCUUCACUCGACUGCGACAAUCCCUCCGCGGGCUUACCACUCGUACGACCAGCGUUAUCAUCACACAUGGGAAGUUGGUAAGACAGGAGAUGGUCUCAUCCAGGUUCUUGAACCUACUGGAGAUACCCCGUCCUUAUCAAAGCCGAUUGAUCUUCAUGUCGAGCGGGACGUGAUAGAGAAGCUCAUUAAUUCGUACUUUACUGAUGUCGCCCCCCUCGUUCCGAUAAUUACCCAGGCAGAGUUCUUAACGCUUUCCGACCCAUCUCCUCCGCCUAUCCUACUCUAUUCUAUUUGCCUCGUCGCAGCAAGCAAACGCGAUGUUCCUCAAGCUGUAUUCGACCACCUUCGCGUCGCCGUCAACGACGUUAUCAAGUCCGAAGACGUUCUGAGCACUGCGAAUAUUGUGAACGUGCAGUCACUUCUCAUCCUGUGCCAAUGUGCAGAUUGCCAUUCUCAGUUCGUGCCUAAUGCACUAUCCGCUCUCUGGAUCCGCCUUGGCACAGCGAUUCGUAUGGCCCAGGAUCUAGGGUUGCAUCGUGCAGAAGCUGUAAAAGCUAAUAUUGAGAUGCGGCGGCGUAUUUGGGGUGCUUGCGUCAUUACGGAUCGUUGGACGAGCCUUACAUACGGUCAUCCGUAUAUGAUCGACGUGGAAGACUGCGAUGCUCGCUUGCCUUCCUCUGGAGAUCCGAACGACAGUUACACGGCUGAGCUGCUGCGACUCAGUCUAAUUCUUGGGCGCGUUUUGAAGACGGUGUACGGGCCUUCUGGAUUAACUCAUGCCACCGAUGAAAAGCUGUACGCUUUGUUAAACGAUAUGAAAGAUUGGCAAGAUAAACUACCGGAAGAUCUGAAAUUCAAAGGUCCUGACACACCACGAAGCGGAGGACUCCUUUUCCUCCUAUACGCAACUGUAUCUAUGAUUUUCUGGCGCGUAUUCAUGCGCAUUUCGUACUCGUGUCCACAGCAUGUCAAGCUGUGUCUCACGAUUGAGAAGUGGUCGGAGCUUAAGCAAAUGACUGGUGAUGCUAUUGAUUGGCUUGAUGCACACGAGACUGUGUAUGAUGUUUGGAUGCUUGUUGCGUACGCUGCGACGUCGUGUGCUCUGGUUCAGUAUCAUACCUGGGCACGUCGGAAAGAUGCGAAUGCCCAGGCGAGGCUGCGGAAGUUGCGCGACUGUGUUAGACGAUGGGAGGCCUGUUUGCAACCUGAACAAAUGUCUUCGCGGAGAAAGACCGCAGAGAUCAUCACGCUUCUAUAUGAAACAACUCUUGGUCCUCCUUCGCAUGACCAUCAGGCUGGACUGAAUCCGACAGCAGGUGUUGUGCCAAAGCACCAGGGCCGGAUGAAAGGUGUGAAAUACAGAAAUGACCCCACCCGUCCAGGCAAAGGUGUCUUUAUUGCGCAUGGUAAGGCCAAGGAGGGAGACUACACGGACCUUCCUGAGGGUACCGUCGUGAUAAGUCAAGGCUUCUCUGAUGAGGAAUCAGAAGGUGAGGUGUCGGCGGCUGAGGUAUCUGUUGUUCGUCCCACCAAUGAUCCUGCUUCCUCUUCCCCUACACAUGCAUAUUCUACCUCGACUUCUGGCACACAUCUUGCUCCACGUACACGCGUUCCCGCUUCUCCUGAAUCGUCCGAUAUCACGCGCCACGAACUUACCGCGCGGGCCGCCGCAGCUUCGGGAACGGGCCCAGGAGCGGGCGUUGGUAAUGACACCUCCAGCGCAUCAUCGAUGCCUAGCUACAUUCCCACGACCAGCGGCUCGGGAGGUGACAUCGCAAAUGUGAAUCCCGCGCUGAAUGCAGCAGGCCCUUCGGAUGUCUUGAUUAUGAACACGCUUGAAACAAACCCACAACCAAGCGUUCUUGAUGAAAUGAGUAUUGCCGACACCGGAUUUUUGGAAGGAAUACCCGGUGGAAUGUUUGAUUGGCCACAAUGGGAAACAUUCUUCUCUCGCUUCUCAGCUCCGGGGGAUACGAACGCGCUGGCCGCUCUUGCCCAUGCGCAGGCACAGGCUCAACAGCGACAACAACAGCAACAGCAGCCGUCACAACAAAGACGUAUGGAACAUAACCUAGCAGCUAACGCAAGUCAGCAGCAGCAUUACCAGAGCUAGUAUCCAAUUGUUUAUUCGACCCUUCGUCUCCGAGGACUUAUUCCCCUCCGUCAAUCGGUCUUUUCGCUUCCAUUUUCUCUUCGCGCUAAUACAUACCGCCCGCGCUUCUACAAUGUAAAAUUACGGCACUCCACAGUUAAUGUUUCUCCCAGACCUCAUUCCUGGUUAUCAGUACUUGAUAGUGGACAUCAGAGCUUGUUUUACGAUAAUUUUGAAUGUGCGACGACGAAAUGGAAAGAAUGACUUCACC